AUGCAAACAGAUGCUCAGGCUGAAGCUGUGAAUGUGGAGGAGUGUCCUGAAGCAGGCACAGAAGUCAGGAUACCCUCUCACUCAAGCAUAACCCCAGAAUUAAGUGCAGCCACAAGCAUAAGCGCUGGCAUGAGGACAAGCACAAGUUCUUCAUCUACAGAUAUUUCAUCAACAACACCAGUAUCAACCUCUACAUCUAGACAGGGGUAUGAGAUAGAUCCAAAAUAUAUGCUAGAGCCCCAAGACAGAGAAUUUGAAGUAGGUCCAGAGUUCCUCCUAAAUGACAGCCAAGACUCAGAGGCCACUCCAGAACAAGGAGAAUGCACUGAAGAGGAUGUGAAGAAACCCUUGGUAGAGGCAAAGCUAUCCAAUCCUAAGGAACAUGUAAUUGAUGAAUAUUCUGCAUGUCAUGAUGCUUCUUCAGAUGAUGAUUUCUGUAUAAUAACAGAAGAUACUGAACACAAGAAAGACCCUAAGUUUCAAGAAGUCAUUGUGGGUCAAGAACAAGGACAUCAGAAGGUAUCUGAGGCUGCCCCAUCUUGUCCAACCACACCAUUACAAGCUGUGCACCCAGAAGCUAGCUUAAAAAUGCAGCCAAAGAGAACAUAUCAAUACCAUCGUCCACUUUUUGGGGAAAAGUUUGCCCAACUCUGUGGCCCACGAGUGAAGAUGACAGAGGUCUAUGAUUUGAAUAUAAGUAGAUCCUUCCAUGGUGAACAACCUUCUUACCCAGAUAUUGAAGAGGAGCAUAGGGAACAAGAACAAUGUGAAUAUGAAUUCUCCCAGUGUACUGGAAUGCUUCGAAACUUAAAAUAUGAACGGCCUGGGCAGCAACAUACUGGGCAAGGACAAGGACCUUGUGGAUAUCAUAGAGGAGAACAGGUGGUGACUGUUAUAGAUGACAUGGGGUCACCCACCAUGGAAUUUUUUGGAAAUGACAAUUCUCAGCAUUCACGAAAUGAGACACAUAGGAGAGAGAUAGAUUGGGAAGAAGGGUGGAGGCCAUCGCCUUUUCCCUUUUUCCUGCCUAGUAGUGCCUAUCUGAGUACCUAUUAA